AUGUUUAUUUUAUUUAUAAUUUCAGAAUUCACUUUUGGAUGUUAGAUUAAUGGUUAUGAAUCAGGUGUAUGUUCACAAAGAGUUUAAAUAUCUGAUGGAGUAGAAUUCUGUAAUGAUGAACUUGAUGAUUAUGUUUGUGUUCCUGAAAUUAGAGUAGUUUAUAACUAGAUAUUAGAAAUUAUGGCCAGACCAUACUAUUGAAAACAGAGACAAAGAAAUUCGAUUAGAUUUUGUGGCCUAUGUAAGGGACAGAUUAGUUUAAGAAAUUAAUGGAGAUGUAGAAAGCGUGUUAAUAAAAGACGAUACUUGUUAUAAAGCAUAUAAACAAUUCUUAUGUAAAUGGAAUUUCCCACCUUGUGAUGCAGCUACAAAUUUGACAAUUCCGAUUUGUCAGAGCUCCUGUACUUCUUAUUAUGAAAAUUGUGGGUUGAAUUUAACACCUUGUCUACAAUAUUUCUAGAAAUUAGUAUAAUUAAUCCAAUUAUUAUUAAGAAACCAGGUUUAGAUUAAAAUUGCUGAUAUGUUUUAUUUAUAAAUUUUUAUUAAUUUUUAUGAAAUCAUUAUCGGUAUCUAAAUACUAUAACAAUAAUAGUUUAUUGACUCCUGACAAACGAUUGGUAUCAUUUGAUAUUAUUACAGAGUAGAUAAACCACUUAAUCAACUUAAAAAAAAGAUGCACUUUCUGUUUAAAGUUAUUUCUCUGAAUAAUCUUAUCUAAAAUCAGAGGCUUCGAAAAAGGAAAUAAUCAGAUUGAUUAAAUCCACUGUAGACAGUAUCCAUAAAAAUAUCGAUAUCAAAGAGUUGAAUAUUAUUUUGACUAAAUUGCUUGCAGGAUUGAGUUCUUGUAUCAAUGAGUAGGAUAUGUCCCUUAUAUUAAUUUAACUUAUACAAUCAAUCAAAUAAAUUAUUCAGAAUCAAAAAACCAAUGAAAAGUAGGUAUAUGAUUAAGAAAAGGCUUAAUUGUUGAUUAAAUUAUAACAAUUAGAAUAAUAAUCUAAAGAGAACUAAUAGAAAUUUGGUAAUUCUGUUUUUUAUUUUAGAAAAUUAACUCAAAGAAUUCGAAAUACAACACAGAGUUUUAUAAUAUUAAGAUGAAUUAAAUCAAAUUAAGAAGAGUUAAGGUAAUAAAGAUAAUCUUAAUGAUCGCAAUAAACUAAAAGACUAAAUUAAGGAAAUGUAAUAAAAAAUGCUAACAUUAUCAGAAAAGGAGCGUAAAUUAAUACAAUUAGUGAAAGCAGUUAAAUCUAGAGGAAUAGAUGUUGAAAAAAUAUAUAAGAAUUUAAAUAUAUACAGCAGUAAAAAUAGCAAGAGAACUAGUAAACAAUCCAAUUCGUAAGUUGAAGAUAUCUCAAUCACAGAAUCAAAUCUGGCGGAUAUAUCUUAAUUAGAUUAUAGUGUUGGCAAUAUUAAAAGACAUGCUAAAUUUGUAGUUGAUUGA